UUCGGGCUGAGCGGCCGGGGCUCCUUCUUGCUGCGCAGAUGGAAGGCGCUGUGGUUCGGCUGCUGCGAGGCAGCGGCCUGUUGUCAAGAAACUUCCCCACCUGCCUGUCUUCAUGGAGAGUUCCUCCGAGGGUCUUCAGAUCCUCCCAGUCGGAAGCUUUCCUCAGCCCCGGCACCAGCCCUGGGCUGCCUGGCUGCCCCCUGCAAACCUUCACCGAAGAGGAGCUGAUGAUGAAGAGCACCGUCACAAAGUUCGCCCAGCAGCGAGUCGCUCCUUUGGUUUCAACAAUGGAUGAAAAUUCAACAAUGGAUAAGUCAGUGAUACAAGGACUGUUUCAACAAGGGCUGAUGGGUAUUGAAGUUGACACAAAAUACGGAGGGACGGGCGCUUCGUUUUUUUCAUCCAUCCUGGUGAUAGAGGAGCUGGCCAAAGUGGACGCAUCGGUGGCGGUCCUGUGUGACAUCCAGAACACCAUCAUCAACACACUGGUCAAAAAGCACGGCACGGAAGCCCAGAAGGCCACCUACUUGCCCCAGCUGGCUUCAGAAAAGGUGGGGAGCUUCUGUCUGUCAGAGGCUGGAGCAGGCAGUGACUCGUUUGCUUUGAAGACCCGAGCCGACAAGAAGGGAGACUGUUAUGUCAUCAACGGGUCCAAGAUGUGGAUCAGCAAUGCCGAGUAUGCAGAUCUCUUCCUGGUGAUGGCCAAUGUUGACCCUGCCCUUGGCUACAGAGGCAUCACCUGCUUCCUGGUAGACCGGGACACUGAAGGCUUGCACAUUGGGAGACCUGAGAACAAGAUGGGAAUCCGUGCCUCCUCCACUUGCCCGUUAACAUUUGAGAAUGUGAAGGUUCCAGAAACCAGUGUCUUGGGACAGGUCGGCCACGGCUACAAGUACGCCAUAGGGAGCCUUAAUGAGGGCAGAGUGGGCAUCGCUGCACAGAUGCUGGGACUGGCCCAGGGAUGUUUUGACUACACUGUUCCAUAUAUGAAAGAGCGGGUGCAGUUUGGCAAGAGGAUAUUUGAUUUUCAGGGUCUCCAACACCAAGUGGCUCAUGUGGCCACCCAGCUGGAAGCUGCCAGAUUGCUGACCUACAACUCGGCCAGACUCGUCGAAGCUGGAAGGCCAUUCAUAAAAGAAGCAUCUAUGGCCAAGUACUAUGCAUCAGAGGUGGCCGGAUUAACCACCAGUAAAUGUAUCGAAUGGAUGGGCGGAGUCGGCUACACCAAAGACUACCCUGUAGAAAAAUACUUCCGAGAUGCCAAGAUAGGUAAAUGGCUGAACCAAAGGGAGGUGCUGGGACCCCAACCAUCAGAGGGCUCGGGGAAGCAGAUCUGCCAGCCGCCUGCUCUAACGCCCGACAGAGGGACAGUGGAAUUGCAGCUGACCCCGGAGGGUAAUGCCCCCGCCAGGCGCUGGGCCGGGCCGGGGAGCUGCAUCUAUGCGGGAGCCCUGAUGGUGUAG